AUGACAUCUAUGGAGCGGUUUAAGUGUGUGUACGCCGAGAUCCAGGCCUUUCUGCUAGAGCAGUUGAACUCCGACUAUGAGAUGGACCCCAAUCGCAGCAAAUACCUCCGCCGCAUGAUGGACACGACGUGUCUUGGUGGCAAAUAUAUCCGUGGUCUGACAGUGGUGAACGUGGCGGAGGGAUUCAUGGCUGCUGGCUCAUAUGAUGAGGCGACGAAGGAACGUGUCCUCCAUGAUGCCUGUAUCUGCGGUUGGAUGGUUGAGUUUCUUCAGGCUCACUACUUGGUGGAGGACGACAUUAUGGACAACAGUCAAAUGCGUCGUGGGAAACCGUGUUGGUAUUGUUUUCCUGGUGUCACUGUCCAGAGUGCCAUUAACGACGGCCUCAUUCUGAAAGCAUGGACGCAAACAAUGGCGUUUCACUACUUUGCGGAUCGCCCUUUUUUAAAGGAUUUACUUUACCUCUUUCAGAGGACCGACUACGCGACCUCAAUUGGACAGUUUUAUGACGUGACCUCCAUGUGUGACUCCAAAAAACUGGACCCUGAAGUGGCACAGCCUAGGACAACCGAUUUUGCUGAAUUUACCUUGUCUAAUUACAAACGCGUGGUGAAGUACAAGACAGCUUUCUACACCUAUCUGCUUCCACUUGUUAUGGGGCUUUUUGUGAGCGGGGGGAUCUCUUCUGUUGAAAUGAAUUUGGUAGAGCGCGUUGCAAUGGUGAUGGGUGAGUUUUUCCAGGUGCAGGACGACGUCAUGGACUGCUUCACCCCGCCAGAGCAGCUUGGGAAGGUUGGAACCGACAUUGAGGAUGCCAAGUGCUCCUGGUUGGCUGUGACAUUCCUCAUGAAAGCCAAUGCCGCACAGGUGGCCGAGUUUAAGGCCAACUACGGUGACACAGACCCGGCGAAGGUCGCCGUGGUGAAGCGGCUCUAUGACGAGGUGGAUUUGCGAGCGGAUUUCGCCAUCUAUGAAGCGGGAGUCGCACGGGAGAUGGGGGUGCUUAUCGAGCAGCUGAAGCGGACUUCUCCCGUAUUUGCGUCAAGUGUCGCCGUACUCUGGGAAAAAACCCACAAACGUAUAAAGUAA